AUGUUGAACGCAGAGAGUAUCGAGGAGUCACCGAAACGGAGGUCGACCUUCUAUGUAUCGUUAGACGCCGAUACACGCCAGCCGUCGAAGAUUCCCAAGACGAUAAACACCGAGUCUGACAAGUUCGUUAGCAAUACAUUUCCCAUAAGCACCUCGAAAACCGUACCGAACGUGAUUUUAACGCGCACCUUGAGCAACAACGAUUCCCUGUCAAACUCGAAACGUUCGGGGGACUCAUUCCCCGAGGCCAGAGGCAAGGUGCAGUCUCUAACGAAAAUUUUCGAAACGCCAAAGGCUGAUCAGGUGGCAAAUGGCCCCGAUCAGAGGAAAAAGGUCGAGAGGACCAGGUCGUUCAAGACAAUCGAGAGGUUCCAAAGUCGAUUCACCGGUCGGAAAGAUGCGAGUAGGAAAGAUAGCCGUUUGAACAAUACCAUAGCGUGUUUCGAAGUGGAAGACGAUGAGUCGAAGAAGAAAACCGAAACGGACAAACGUCCGAACACAAAGAAUCUCGACGUGAAAUCGAACGGAGCUGUCAGAGUGAAUUCCUCGGAGACAAGGAGCAAACAGAAUGGAAGUACCACGUUUACCAACUUGUUGAUACGUAGAACGCAUAGCACUAAACUAGCCAGAAGCACUAGUACGCUUGUGAAGACGACAGGCAGGCACGCGUCGGUCGACGGCCAGUGCGGCGUCCCGACGCCUGCGAGGAGUGAGAAUCAUCGUUCGAGCAGCGAGAAAUCGAAGGAGGACGAGACACCGGAUGAUUCUGUCGCGGAUAACGACGAGGGCACCGAGUCGUCUGUGUUCGAGGACGCCGACGCGGACGCUGGGAUACAUUCAGACACGUCCUACGAGAAGGCCUGUCGAAGGGGUAGCGCGCCAGCCACCCCUGUCCUCGGAGCACGACCCCUGGACGUCACCCCCAACAGAAUCGUCAACUUCUUCUCGAAGAGGUCGUUCCGCUCUAACCCGCUGAAGAGGACGAAGAGCGUGACGAAGCUCGAGCGACAGAAGCAACGCGGCGCCGGACUUCGGGGUUGCCGUUCACACGAGUCCCUGCUCUGCGGACAGGCGGUGACCUCGAUGGACCUCGCGGCCGUGACACCGCUGCAUCCGAGCCUGCUUGGCAGACCUCACUGCUUCCAGGUCACACCCAGCACCGGUGUACCCAAGUAUUUCAGUUGCAGGACCGCUCACGAACGGGACCAGUGGUUACACAGCUUAAGGAAAUCCGUUCAACCUGACGCGGAGCAGACGCGGCGAACGGACAAUUCCCUGCAAAUUUGGCUGCUCGAGGCGAAAGGUGUGCCGGCGAAGAAACGAUACUUCUGCGAGGUCUGUCUGGACAGCACUUUGUACGCGAGAACCACCGCGAAAUUGAAGGCCGACCUCUGCUUCUGGGGCGAGCACUUUGACUUCCAUCAUUUGCCCUCCGUCAACACCAUACAGGUGAACCUGUAUAGGGAGGCUGACAGGAAAAAGAAGAGGGACAAAAAUGUUCUAAUCGGUUCCGUCAGCAUACCGGUGCACAACGUCACGUCUCGUUACCUAACAGAGAAAUGGUACACCGUAGUGGGGGACAAAGGUCCUCUGAAGGAACCUCCGGCGCUAAGGGUGAAAUGUCGCUUCCAAUCUGUAGACAUACUACCCGUUCAGGUAUACCAGGAGUUCCUGGAGUAUCUGAAGACAGAUUAUGCGUCCUUGUGCGAGAAAUUGGAGCCGGUGAUUGGCGUGAAAGCGAAGGAGGACAUCGCCACUGCUCUGGUAGCCGUCAUGCAACGUGAAAAGAAAGCGCCUCAAUUUCUAGCAGACCUGGUCAUGAUGGAUAUACACAGAAUAGACGACGAGAGGCUCACCUUUCGAGGAAAUUCCUUGGCCACGAAGGCGAUGGAGGCCUACCUGAAGUUGACGGGUGACAGGUACCUACAAGAGACCUUGGGUGCCGUUGUAAGGGGUGCGGUGGAGGGCGGCGAUUGCGAGGUGGAUCCGUUGAAGGUUGCAUCGGUCGCGGCUCUGCACAAGCAACAACAGAAUCUAAGGAACGCGGUGGAGCUCGCCUGGAGCAGGAUACUGGCUAGCCACGCUCACUUUCCUCUCGAAUUACGCGAGUGCUUCCGUAUAUUCCGCGAACGUCUGGCCGACAUGGGCCGCGAAGACAUCGCCGACAAUCUCAUCUCCGCGUCUAUAUUCCUCAGAUUCCUCUGCCCAGCCAUUCUCAGCCCGUCUCUCUUCAACAUCACGCACGAAUACCCAAACGAAAAGGCUGCAAGGAAUCUCACUCUUGUGGCGAAGACACUUCAAACACUGGCGAAUUUCACGAGAUUCCAAGGAAAGGAGAACUUCAUGGAAUUCAUGAACGAUCUCCUGGAACGCGAAGCUCCAUCCAUGAAGAACUUCCUCCAACUGAUCAGCAGCCCGUUGCCGAAGGACGCACCGGCGAACAAUUCCUUAGAAUUCGACGGCUACAUAGACCUCGGAAAGCAAUUAUCCCUGUUACACGCGCUUCUGCGUGAAAGUUUAGUCACGAUAUCAUCGUCUUCCCCGUCACUGCCUCCGUCGAGACUACCAGAGAUCCUCGAGAGGAUCUCCAUAGCUUUAGAUCAAUCGGGUCCAAGCCCAGUGCCAGCCUCUCAUCGUUAUCCAAAUUUGCAAAACAACAUCUUCCGCUACAACGAUCCGACGAUCGCGAGCAGCAAUACGAAUCUCUCCGUCUCGGCUACGUCGACGCUGAGCAAUCACAGCACGUUGAACGGCACGAUCAGAGACAGCAACGAGGUGUUGCAGUCGAACACACUCGGUCACAACAGUUCUCGCAGUCCAAACGUCACCAGAGCUGCCACGCUUCCUCGAAACGCUUACCUGCCAACGAAUGGAAAGCUACAGUUGCAAAUUACCACGGACGAUUAUCCGUUGGAACCACCGGCGUUCGUCUCGCGUUCACCUACGCCUAUCGUGCGACAACACAGGGCAAUAGGGUCGAACAGAACGGGCGCGGGAUACAGACUGACCGCCAGUGCGAGUCUGGCAAACGUGAAUCACUGUCAGACGCAUCCGACAAGCCCAACUAGAUCAGAGAGUCACAGCAAUCUGAAGGAUUCCAACUACAACAUCACCACGUCGCAGAACAAUCAGGCGAACAAUUGUACCAUCAUGUCGCAGCAGCAGCAGCAACAGCAACAGAAUCACAGACACAAUAUAGCGCGGCUACAGAACCUGGACAUCCAUGACAGAGAGGACAAUUACAAUCACAACAAUUACAACGUCUCGAGAUCGGCGAGUAGGAAUCAUUGUAACAAAGAGGAGAACGCGAAUCAGAUGCAGCAUCAGAAUUACAACAACGUCUCGAAGACCACGGUGAACGCGAACGUCGUGGUGAAUCCAUCGUCGAACCUGACACUCUCGAUCAAUCAUCAGCCGAACAAUAAUUACAACACUAGCAAAACGAACAACACGACUGCGAACGGUAACCUGGACGAGCUGUCUGAUCUGUUGAGAUACGCCGACGACGAGGUUUCCGAGUCGAAAUCGCAGAAAGGAUCGCAGAUAUCGAUCUCUCAGUUGAGUAACGUCGCUUCGUCCGGUUAUCAGAGUUUCGCCGCGUAUAGUCAGAGUUCCAGCCCGGUGGAUCUCAGUAGCAACAACGCGAACGCACAUAUACUCAGCGCUGCCCCGCUGGCAUUCGCCAAUCCUGUCUAUCACAUGGAGUCGAAUCACGGGAGGAACGGAAGGAGAGGCAGCAGUAGCUCGGAGGAAAGAGAGGGAAGCGGCGGUGGAGGUGUAGAGGGUGUGAGAGGCGUUGAUCUUAGCCCCUCGCCUCCGCCGCAGAACAACGUGCGAAAUAUGCAGAGAAACAAUCAGAACCAGUGGAGGCAGACUAAUCAAACGCACAGGAAUAACUCGGAACAGAAUCAGAGUGUUUGCUGUACGAAGCUGAGGAGAAGGCUGUCGCUGGACUCGACGCGAGAUUUGUCCGACACCAGCGAAGAGGAGAGCUGCACGACGAGGAGGAGCAAAUCUCGCAGUCAUCGAAGCAUCGACCAGUACGAAGUGGAAAUCGAGAGGUUGCAGAGUAGCGUAGAUCGACUGAGGGCCCGGUUAGACGCAACCGAGGAUACCGAUAUAGAUGGCAUUGCACCGGAUACCAAGAUGAAGAGCAUCAUUUCCAGGUUAAUCUCUGUGGAGGAGGAGCUACGGCGCGACCAACAGAAGAUGUCGGCUGCGCUGUCGUACAAGCAGCGCGUGAUUGUUGCGCAGGAGCAGCAAAUAGCCGCCCUGGACGCCGCGAAUUCGCGUCUGAUGACGUCAAACACAAGACUGUUGUCCGCAUUGAGCACCCUGAAGCAACGAUACAACGCGAAGAGUCAGCCGAGCAGUGAAGUGGCCGCAUUGCUGCAGAACAUUGCCGACAUCGGUGAACUGAAGAGCUCAUCCUGUUAAAGAAGUAGUAGAUCAUCCUCUCUGGUUUCCGCUCUCUAGGACCAGCCAAGACCGACCAGUGAACCAUCGUGGAGAGAGAAGAAUUCGCGAGAGAAAAACGGAAAAACGG